UUUUAGAUAUUGGGAUCGUUAAGCUUCUUUGCAACAGGAUCCUAUCAAAGAAAAGUUGGCCAAAAUUUUCUUACUUGCAUGUCCCAAACUUCAUUAAGUCGUUCUCUUCAUGCAACUGUCAAUGCAUUGAAUAAUGUAAUGAACAACUGGAUUCGUUUUCCAGUAACUGCAGACAGAAUUGAAGAAAUCAAACAAGGAUUGUUUAGAAACGGUGGUUUUCCAGGAGUAAUCGGAGCAAUCGAUGGAACACAUGUUGCCAUUUUUCCACCCGAAGCUGAGAGAGAACAUUUAUUCAUUAAUAGAAAGUUAUAUCAUUCGCUAAAUGUGUUAAUGAUUUGUAAUUCUGAGUGCGAAAUUCUUGCCGUGAAUAGUGCCCAUGGUGGCCGAACACACGAUGCUCGUGUGUUACGGUCCUCAAGAAUAUUUGCUUAUUUAGAAAGGAGGCACAGAGAAGGUGAAACAAAUUCCUGGCUUCUAGGUGAUUCUGCGUACCCUCUUCUACCUUUUCUGCUAACGCCCAAAUUAAAUGAAGUAGAAGGAACUCCAGGUGCAAGAUACACAGAUCACCAUGUUCGAACUCGUUCAGCUAUAGAGCGCUGUUUUGGUAUUUUAAAAGGUCGUUGGCGUUGCUUACGAAAAGAACGAGCUGUACAUUAUAGUCCACAAUUUGCUGGUACCCAGAUAGCCAAACCUGAAAAACCAGAUUACGCGUAGAGUCUGCUAUAAAUUUCUGAUACCAAAAAGGCAACAGACUUCACACAGACUCUGUAAUAUCUGAUGGUGUCGACAAACUGCUGCUAGAGAUAUGACAAAAUCUAUUGACAUUCCAUGUCAACAAAUUGGCGGCAGAAAUGAAACAGAAUCUGCUGACAGAUCCUGGCGACAGACUGGCGGUAGAAACCGAACAGAAUCUGCGCAAAGCAACCUUUGACGGCAAACUGUCUGCAGAAAUUGAGCAGAAUCUGCGCAAUGCAACCUGAUGGCAAACUGUCAACAGAAAUCGAGCAGACUCUGCUCUUUUGUAUAUUUUAAAUUGUGACGUCUUUACUCCUUGGCGAAAAUAAAAAUCGGAGCGUAAAGCUGGGUAUACACUUAGCGAACGAACACCGAACGAACAGCAAAAGCGAACCUUCGUUAUUGUUAUUUGGCAAAUGUAUACGCCAAAGCGAAUGCGAAUAGAAUGUUCGAUUCGCGUUCAGCUCGAUUCAUUCAUGAGGCGGUACAUCAAAGAGAAUUCAUGCGCGAAUGACAAUAACAAAAGUUCGCAUUCGCUGUUCGUUCGGUGUUCGUUCGCUAAGUGUAUACCCAGCUUAAGUCGAACGUAAAGGGAAAAUGACAGAAAUGUAAACGAAAUUUCUAGGAGGCGAUCUCUCUUUGCCAAUUAACGCUUCCUAAAAGUUUCGUUUACGUUUCACUCAUUCUGCUCUUAUAUUCAAUCUUAGUUUCAAUUUUUUUCGUCAGAAAACUGAAAAUCUUUAAAAAUGACACUUAUAUUUUUUUUAUCAAAAUAAUUUCAAACAAUUUUAUUAA